GGGAAGGGAGAGGGACUGCGGGUGCGGGCGAGGACCCCCCAAUCCUGCUCUAGCUCUCAACACUCCCAGUCUGUUUUCUAGCGGAGGGUGUGCCUGGGAGAGAAGCUAUCGCCGAGGAAGGCUCGGGCCAGGCGCGCGAGGAGGCGCCCCUGGGGUCGGGGUAGCUGGCCCUGAGAAGGGGACACUCUGAAAGUGAGUCCAGCUCAGGGAAGAAACUGCGGCACCUCUGGCGCUUCGGACUGAGAGGAAGUUGGGCGGGAGCAAGCUUUCUUGGAAGGUAGAGGCCGAACUCUGCCCGGGCAGCUAGGGGCCGCGUGCGGAGGGAGGAGCGGUCGGCGCGGCGGGAGGGCGCGGGGCGCCGCGCGGCCGCGGAGGGGGCCGCGGCGCGAGGCGGAGCCCGGGCGUGCGGCCAGGCCGGUGGGGGCCCCGGCGGGCUGCAGAUUCCCUCCGGCUCCCGGAGCCGCGGCAGGACCGGCCAGGAGGCGCCAUGGAAGGGAGCCCCAUCCCAGUGCUGACGGUGCCCACGGCGCCCUACGAAGACCAGCGGCCGGCCGGCGGCGGGGGACUGCGGCGGCCCACCGGACUCUUCGAGGGCCAGCGCAACUACCUGCCCAACUUCAUCCAGAGCGUGCUGUCGUCCAUCGACCUGCGCGACCGCCAGGGCUGCACCAUGGUGGUGGGCAGCGACGGCAGGUACUUCAGCAGGACGGCCACAGAGAUCGUGGUGCAGAUGGCCGCGGCCAACGGGAUUGGUCGACUGAUUAUUGGACAGAAUGGCAUCUUGUCGACACCUGCUGUUUCCUGCAUUAUCAGAAAGAUCAAGGCAGCUGGUGGAAUCAUCCUAACAGCCAGCCACUGCCCUGGAGGACCAGGGGGAGAAUUUGGAGUGAAGUUUAAUGUGGCCAAUGGAGGUCCUGCACCAGAUGUUGUCUCAGACAAAAUCUAUCAGAUCAGCAAAACAAUUGAGGAAUAUGCCAUAUGCCCUGACCUUCGAAUUGACCUGUCUCGACUAGGAAGACAAGAAUUUGACCUGGAGAACAAAUUCAAACCAUUUAGAGUGGAGAUAGUGGACCCAGUGGAUAUCUAUCUCAACCUCCUUCGGACCAUCUUUGAUUUUAACGCCAUCAAGAGUUUGCUGACUGGGCCCGGACAACUGAAGAUCCGAGUUGAUGCCAUGCAUGGAGUUAUGGGACCCUAUGUGAGAAAAGUCCUGUGUGAUGAGCUGGGGGCCCCAGCCAAUUCUGCAAUCAACUGUGUUCCCCUGGAAGAUUUUGGGGGCCAGCAUCCUGACCCCAACCUGACAUAUGCAACAACCCUUCUGGAAGCUAUGAAAGGAGGGGAAUAUGGAUUUGGAGCUGCCUUUGAUGCUGAUGGGGACCGUUAUAUGAUCCUAGGCCAAAAUGGCUUCUUUGUGAGCCCUUCCGACUCCCUGGCCAUCAUUGCCGCCAACCUCUCUUGCAUUCCGUAUUUCCGUCAGAUGGGCGUCCGAGGGUUUGGGAGGAGCAUGCCCACCAGCACAGCCCUGGACAGAGUGGCCAAAUCAAUGAAGGUUCCAGUGUAUGAGACCCCAGCUGGAUGGAGAUUCUUCUCAAAUCUGAUGGACUCGGGCCGGUGCUCUCUUUGUGGAGAGGAGAGCUUUGGCACUGGCUCUGAUCACCUCCGAGAGAAAGAUGGCCUCUGGGCUGUCUUGGUCUGGCUCUCCAUUAUCGCCGCCCGGAAGCAGAGUGUGGAGGAAAUUGUCCGAGAUCACUGGGCCAAAUUUGGCCGCCACUACUAUUGCAGGUUUGACUAUGAGGGGUUAGAGCCCAAGACGACGUAUUACAUCAUGAGGGACCUGGAGGCCUUGGUCACAGACAAGUCCUUCAUUGGCCAGCAGUUUGCUGUGGGGAGCCAUGUCUACAGUGUGGCCAAGACAGACAGCUUUGAGUACGUGGACCCUGUGGAUGGCACCGUGACCAAGAAACAGGGCCUGCGGAUCAUUUUCUCUGAUGCGUCUCGGCUCAUCUUCCGGCUCAGUUCCUCCAGUGGUGUGCGGGCUACCAUCAGGCUGUACGCAGAAAGCUACGAGAGGGAUCCCAGCGGUCACGACCAGGAGCCCCAGGCAGUGCUGAGCCCUCUCAUAGCCAUCGCGCUGAAAAUAUCCCAGAUUCACGAGCGAACUGGCCGGAGGGGCCCCACUGUCAUCACCUGAAUGGAGGAAGACCACUCACCAAGCCAAAAGAGCUCGCUCGGCGGGGAACACUUCACUCAUGCCUUCUUGCUACCUGUUUGUGCCUCUUAUGACUUUGGAAAAAAAAAAAAAAAGAUGAUUUGCUGGUGGGGGGUGGGGGUGGGGAGUAGGUGGGAAAAUAUCUGUUUUAUUUGGGUUUUAAUUUCUCCAAAUGCAACAAGGUCUUCAGUUUGUCUGUUAAAGCUGCACUGUCAUUUGAUAGCUGAGUUUUAUCAUAAGAGGGAACCUGUCCUUUCGAGAGAGAAUCAGUGGGCUGGAAUAGUCAGGGCCUCUGUGCAUCAUUGGUGACUGGUGAGAGAAGGUUCUAGAAUAAUGGAGGCGAGCACAGUGCCAGAAGUCAGUUGGCCCUAAGUCCCAGGUGCCCUGGGCAGACCCCAGAAGACUUUCCUUAGCACGGGGAAGAUUUAACUUUUCAUCCCAGGUCGGGUCUCCCACAGGUGAACGUUGUAGGUGUUCUAAUAGCCCACCUCAUGCCCACCAACCUCCAGACGGUCAUUCACCCUCAUCGUGUCUCCAAAGUCCCUGUGCCACCUCCUCUCACAUCUUCUAGAGCUUCCUAUAAGUCACCAUGCACACAUUCAACAAAACAUAUCAAAGGAUGUUUUCCUCUCUUAUUUUGUAAAUAAUAUUAGCUAUUAAGCUGGCUGCAUCCCUUCAGAUUCAGCCAUUCAUAAGCAGGUGGGAGGUGGUUUCUUGGCAGGACUCUGUGAAUGAAGGCCAGACAUUUUCAGGCCCUUCCUUGAUUAUGUCUCACAGGUUGAUACGUGGGUUGAUAUUGAUUCUUGCUGAGAAGACAAAAUACCACCACAUCAGCUAUCUCUCUGACUUUCUCUCUGCUAUCUUAUCUUCCAAGGAGGGCCUGUCUUCAUACUCUUGUUUGGACACAGUUCAGAUCUUACUUAUCAUGGCUGUAAAAGGAGACAGUGAAAUGCUGUAAAAGUAGGCCAUAAAGGGGAUGCUGGUAGAAAACCAUAUUGCUUUUCUUUUUGGUGGUACGGUGGUGGGCCUGAUGAGAUGGGGGCAGGGGGCAAGCAGAGGGUCACAGUUGGCUUUCUAAGCCCCGAAGAAGGAUAUUGCAGCCCUGACAGCCUCCGCAGCCCCGCAGCCAGAGCCCUGGUGCUUGGGACCUGUUUGCCUAUGUUUUGCUGCCUUGGGAACGGCACUCAUUAUCGUGUCAUUGGCACAGAUGACGUGGUGCGCUUUGACCGUUAAGCAAUGUGUUAUUGCUGUAGCCAAGAUUAGGGCAAGCAGGGAAACCUUCCCAGCAAGGUAUUUGUUUCCGUUUUCUAUCUAUGCUUCUGUCAGAAACCUGCUAGGACCUUUAGUAGCCAAUAAAAAAGAAGUUUCUGAUUUCAACCUUA